UCUCACAGUAGAAGUGUACCAAAUGGACCAUGGAUGUUCACCGAAGAAAUGUAAAUCUGUUGCAAAUGAAGAUAUCAUCAGCAAUCUACCGGAGGCUCUCAAAGACAAAAUCCUUUGCUGUCUCCCAAUAAAAGAAGUGUCGGAGGAAUUGGAGGUAUACAUGGGCUUCAAUGACCGAACUGAUGUUCAGCUUGGAUGAUUUUGCUUCAGAAAAUGGCAAUGCAGAUGAUGGUGUAUGCAGGUUUCUUAAGUUCACUGAUAUGUUUCUCUCCCUCCACAAUGGCCCAAUCCUGAAGUUUGGACUGAAUAGUCUACGGACCAACAUAAUAUCCACUAGAGGUCACAUUUAUCGUUGGAUGCUUAUGCUGUCAAGAAACGGAAUUAAGGAAAUUCAACUUAAGACAAGGAAAACUGACUUCUACAAUAUCCCUUAUUGUUUUUUCUCCUGUGAUGAACUUGAGUCUGUGUACCUGCAAGCUUGUGUCUUAACCACUUCGCAGUUGCCACCACUUUCUAAAGGUUUCAGAAACUUGCAUACUCUUCAUCUGGAACGUGCCAUUGUGCAAGGAAACAGUAUUGGGAAUUUAGUGGCAAGCUGCCCAAAUUUAGAGGAACUUGCUAUUUUUGAAUUGAUCAGCUUUGGUGAUAUCAAUAUUCAUUCAACAAAGCUCAAGAUACUAACAAUUGAUGGCCAGUUUAAACACCUCAAUCUGCAUACUCCAUAUCUUGCUUCAGCGGCCAUCAGAUUGAUAUUUCACACUGGUGAUGCUUCAAAUGCCAGAUGCCACUUCGAUCUUCCUCAAUUUAUUGCUUCUCUUUUGGAUGUUGAAACAGUUAAACUUCAUGGGCGGAUCAUUGAGUGUGUAGAACAUGGAUUCCUGGUUUUGAAGCCGCCGAAAUUAUUUAACCGGCUAACGGAGAUAACCCUAGAGAUCAAUCUUGGUAAUGUGAAGGAGGCAAAUCUUGCUCCCUGCUUAUUUCAGCAUGCCCCCAACUUGCGAUCUAUUGUUCUAAAGCUCAUUUACAGGAAGCCCAUUGUAUGCGCACUGUGGGAAUCAAUAGAUCACCAGGUCCAUGUCUUCCAGAAUGUCGAUGCAGUUGGUAUGAUCAACUUUACUGGCUCCUGUGCCGAGCUGGGCUUCCUGAAACUUUUACUUGGAGAUGCACCAGUGCUAAGGAGAGUGGAGAUAAGAGGCAAGGGAAAAUUGAGAGAAGAUGCCUUCAAGAAGCUUCUGAAGAUGAGAAGAGCAUCGAAGGAUGCAGAAAUAGUGGUUCAUUGAGGCUUAGUUCCAGCACUCUGAAAAGGUGUCAAGUCUUAUAUCUGAAGGAACAAACCGUCGAUACCACAGAACAGUUAUCAAAGUCAUGCUUGGAACUUCGACUCUAGUUCUCUCUAUUAGUACAAUCUUGUAAGUCAGGAUCUGUGAUUGAAGCUUACCCUGUUUUCCUAGGGAAAAGGGAAAAGAACGUAGCCUUAAGGGUUGCUGGUUUGCUAUGGGUAUUUUUUGCCAACUUAACAGUUGCGCUAUGUAGCUUAUUUCCAGGCUUUCCAAGGUACCUGAUGGAACACUAGAUCGUCAGGUCUGUCUGUUGCAGAACCUUCAUGAAGUUGGUAUGAUAAACUGCUCUGGUUGCUAUGAAUAUCCGUUUAAAAUUAGAGACCCCUUGUCGAUGAGAUA